GCGCCAGUCAGCGAUUUAAAGGACCCUUGUCGGUUGUCUGUUUUUUCUCUUAUUUUCGUCGAUUUCUAACCCAAAGAAAUGCAAAGAGUGGCAAACGUAAAAUAUAUUGUUCCCGGACUUCGAUACAAGUUUCCCUAAAACUUGGUUUUCUGCAACUAUUUUGUAAAACGAAGAACAUUAUUGGUAUCUUUCUCUUCAGGCGUUGUUUAAGGGCGCCCCUGUGGUCCUAGUGCAUUUUGGGCCAGUCCCCCCUCUUGUAUCGGGAGGCUCCGCUAAAGCGAAACCGAUUGCCAGCAGUGGAGAAGAGCAGCCUUCUCGAUUGGUGAAAGAGCUCUAGCGUUCUCCAGCCAUGUCUGUUCGGGAGUCCUUUAACCCCGAGAGCUAUGAACUGGACAAGAGUUUUCGACUAACUCGUUUUACAGAACUGAAGGGUACAGGGUGCAAGGUCCCGCAGGAUGUCUUACAGAAAUUAUUGGAAUCUCUACAAGAAAACCACUUCCAGGAAGAUGAGCAGUUUCUUGGGGCAGUCAUGCCCAGGCUUGGCAUUGGAAUGGAUACAUGUGUUAUUCCUUUAAGACAUGGUGGCCUUUCAUUGGUUCAGACAACAGACUACAUUUAUCCUAUUGUAGAUGAUCCCUAUAUGAUGGGUCGCAUUGCAUGUGCCAAUGUACUAAGUGACCUUUAUGCCAUGGGUGUUACAGAGUGUGACAAUAUGUUGAUGCUUCUUGGAAUCAGUAAUAAACUGUCAGAUAAGGAGAGAGACAAGGUGAUGCCUCUGAUCAUCCAGGGCUUUAAGGAUGCAGCAGAAGAGGCAGGAACAUCAGUAACCGGAGGCCAAACAGUGCUAAAUCCCUGGAUUGUACUCGGUGGAGUGGCAACAACUGUAUGCCAGCCCAAUGAGUUCAUUAUGCCAGACAAUGCUGUGCCUGGAGAUGUACUGGUGCUAACAAAACCACUAGGAACACAAGUAGCUGUGGCAGUGCACCAGUGGCUGGACAUUCCAGAAAAAUGGAACAAAAUCAAGCUGGUUGUGACGCAGGAAGAUGUUGAGCUGGCAUACCAGGAGGCUAUGAUGAAUAUGGCAAGACUGAACAGAACAGCUGCCGGGCUAAUGCACACUUUCAAUGCCCAUGCAGCAACAGACAUUACAGGCUUCGGGAUUUUGGGGCAUGCUCAGAACCUGGCCCGACAGCAGAGAAAUGAAGUGUCAUUUGUUAUCCACAACCUCCCCGUAUUAGCAAAAAUGGCUGCUGUGAGCAAAGCAUGUGGCAACAUGUUUGGUCUAAUGCAUGGUACCUGUCCUGAAACAUCAGGAGGCCUUCUGAUUUGUUUGCCCCGUGAGCAGGCAGCGCGUUUCUGUGCAGAGAUCAAAUCUCCAAAGUACGGUGAGGGCCACCAGGCAUGGAUCAUUGGGAUUGUAGAAAAAGGAAACCGCACAGCCAGAAUAAUUGACAAGCCACGAAUCAUUGAAGUAGCCCCGCAGGUUGCAACACAGAACGUCAACCCAACUCCUGGUGCCACCUCUUAAUUUAGGGAAGGGAAUAGAUGUAUUUUUGGAGCGAUUUCUAGAACCAUCCUAUUGUAUAAAAACUAUCAUGUUACUUUGUAUCUGGCCUGCCCAGAAGUUGGUUUUAGGGCAGUUCAUGUGUGGAUACAACUGAAGAAGAAAAAAGAGAUCCAUUGCCUUUUUUGUUUAUUUUUUUUCUGUUACAUUAACUGAAGAUGCACCUAAUCUUAAGGCAGCUUCUAAGUUGAGAAUAUUAUUAUCCAAUACUGUUGAUUCAUUUUGAAUCUUUAGAUACUUAUUGUCCAUUGCCGUAUAGGCUAUUUUUAAAGGUGCUUUCACCAAGCACACAUUACCAACAAGUAGCGUGAUAGCGUUUAUGUUUGUCUGUCCACUAUGUGUACAAUUAAAACAUAGGAAUAGUGUAUGCCUUGAAAAAUUGAAUAAAAGAAUUAUGUAUAUGAUAAAGACAUGGAGAUGUAAACUUACUUUAAAGAUUGCAUGGUUUUUUUUUUCUGCCUUUGGUUCAUUGCUGUUUUCUCCAAUGGUUCAAAAGCAUUACUGCCAUGAUUUUAUUUUUUAAAAGUAAGACAUUUUGGAAAGUACUGAUAUUGCAUGGUGAAUACAUUCAAUUGAAGGAGUCAAAAAUAUCCAUUCUUCCUAAGGUAGCAUAAGUCAGCAAUUACAAAAUAUAUUUGUGCAUUACCAUAUGUUUCUGCAAGGAAAGCUGCUUAUUGGUCUGCUUGCUACAAUGCAGACAAUGAAGCAGACAAAUAAGUUGUUACUGUAUUGUACACUUUUACUGUUUAAGAAAUGUUAAGUUCACAAAUAAUUUUAAAAUAUAAUCAGUAAUGUUCUGUGGUCAGUAGUGUUUAUCACAUUUUAUAUUUUGUAUAGUUCUAUAUAAACGUCCCCUUAUUUUUGUCCAGUUUCAUAAAGGCUUCAAUUAAUGUUUAGUAUGUUUCCUAGCUUUCCUCUCCUUUUUAUUCUGCAAAAAAAUGUGCACGCUUUUGUGAUCUAUGUACAAUUUGCCAACUGUCCCAAUAGGUAUUUUUUAUUGCUCUUGUACGAGAGAUGUCUUUUAUAAAAGCAUAUGGAAGAAGUUUUCAAUUGGUCAUAUGUAAUUCUUUGUUAGUGGGUCUUUGAGUUUUUUAAAAAAACAGGUUGUUCAAGACUAGAUCAAACCGAGUCAUACAUUAUAGGAAUGCUUUUUAUAUUGCUUAUGGUAUUAAUCAUUGUACUCAAUACAAAUCAGUAAUCUAUGCAUAGAAAAACACCAACUGUGACCAUAGGAUAAAAAUGUGGGAUGUUCCGUGUCAGAAACGUGGUGCUGUGUUUGUAGAAUGCAUAACAAUGUCUUGACCUUUUGUCUUGAUGUUGCUGUACAGCAGAACCAACUACCGUUUUCAUUUCACUUUUGCCUUGGCGUGUGUAAGAUUACUAUCCAUGAAAGAAGGUAGUUUUUUUUUUAGUCCAGGUUAUUCUCUAUUCAUGUUAUAAAUUCAGGUAAUUUUUAAUUGGGGGGAGGGGUGUAUCAUGGCAAUUUCUGGAAUGAAUUCUGUAUUUGGGUCAAUAACACAUUCACACAGCUCUUUUUUGUGCCUCUUCAAUAAAGGCAGCUUACUGUUAACCUA